GAAAAUACGAAUAUGUCCAAACUUGAUGAUAUAUUUGACAAAAAGAAAGAUGAAGCGCCUAUGUUAGAUUUGUCGAAAGUUGUGAUAAAUACAGCAGAAGAAUACCGAGAAGUUCUUGACAAAGUCCCGGAUUUUAAAACACGACCAGAAAAGGUAAGAGCUGAAGAUGUAAAAAUUAAAGAUAAACCAGAACAAAAAACGAAAACAUCAAAAAAAGAAAUUAAGGCUUACGAGAAAUUGGGUACGCGAGGUUAUGAAGAAAAACAUUUUACAUUUAUGGAUCCGAUACCAGUGGAGAUGCGAGGAUUGAAAUUUGACGAACUCUGUGCCGUCCCCAUUGAAUGGCGAAUGCUAACGUCUAUAAGACCAAAAUCCAAACUAGAUGAAGAAUACUUUAACAGGUUAGUAGAGUUAGGCAAGUCCGAACUAAGAACCAAAGCAAGGGACAAAAGAGAAUAUGCUAAAAACAACAUGAUCAGAAAAACGAAGACACGGUCGGGUGUGACGGAGACACGUAUCGUGUCAUGCUCCGAGUGCGGUGAAGAAUACUGCAAUGGUAAAAUGUGCGCCAUAACCAACUACGACAUGUUCGCUCGGUUGAAGCUAGAAGUAGCAGCAAAGAGCACUCGAACCCAGCUUCCUCCGGCCCAGAUGAGCAAACUGAAGCGCGUACGUCGCCGUGUGCGUCGCAAGCCACGCAGUAAGAGCGCUGCACCGGCUUACCAGAAGCCAAGCGCUGCCAAAUCCGGAGCUAGAAGCGAUACUGAACAUUAGGAUCACAGAACAUUCAGACCUUACAUGCAGUGCAUUGUAUCCGAAAACAGUGAAAACGCCUUGCGGAC